AUGGCAACAGCAUUGCGAAGUAAAGAGAAUGAUUGUGAUUUUCCUUUAUUUAAAACACCACUUCGCACUCCCAUGCGUACACCAAUACGUAAUCGUAUGCUAUCAUCAGCAACAAUAAACGAUUUAACUUUUUAUUCAAAUAAUAUUAAAAAUCUUAAAUUAGUUGGCACAACAAGUAUGAAUGAUUUACCAAUAUGUAAUGAUACGAUGAUAACACCGAUUCGUUUAAAUAAAAAUAAAUUUUCUACACCAGGAUCUAUUCAACGUCGUCAUGCUUUAGGUCUUGUCAAUAAUAAUCAUAAUCAAAUAUGUCAUACAUCAUCAAGUGAUGAACCUGUCAUCCUUCAGGCACCAUCUUCUAAUAUGACAUGUUCUUCUCAUUCCGAAGAUGAUCUUCCACAUAAAUCAAAUAAUACUCAUUCUUACGAAGAUACAUUCGAUGAUCUUAUACCAAUCAAUGAACGUGUUGAACGUAUUAUUUCAAAUCAAACAAAUGGUAUUAAUUUGUUUACAUUUUAUGGUGGUAUUGAUAAUUCAAUUCGAUGCCAAUCACCACACACUUCUCGUAUUGAUGUAUCUAGUCUACUUGAUAUUCUCAAUUAA